UUUCUUAUUUUCUCAGCUUGAGAUCUUGGCAUCUCCACCACUGAAACCAGCAGCUGUACCACCUGAAGUCAUGACUGGCAAGGAAUAUCGCCAGCACGACGAUGACGACCAGCUUGUCAAGCGCAUAUUGAUGGCCAUUUUUGGGUUGUUGAUCGUCUUUGCCAUAGUGGUUUUCCUUGUAUGGGCAUUUCUCCACCCCGCCAAGCCCCGGUUUAUCCUUCAGGAUGUGACUAUUUAUGCUUUCAACCUCACAGCUCCAAACCUCCUCACUUCAAACAUGCAAAUCACUUUAUCUUCCAGGAACCCCAAUGACAGGAUCGGCAUUUACUACCUAAAACUCGAUAUGUUCGCAUCUUAUCGCAACCAGCAGAUAACUUUACCAACACCGCUGCCAAGAACCUACCAGGGCCACCAGGACGUCACUAUUUGGUCCCCAAUUUUGUACGGCAAUUCUGUGCCAGUGGUUCCAUUUCUCGAGACAGGGUUGAGCCAGGACAUGAACGCUGGGUUGGUGUUGCUCAACAUCAAGGUUUUCGGGCAAUUGAAAUGGAAGGUUGGGACUUGGAUUUCAGGUCGGUAUCAAAUUAGCGCCAAUUGUCCAGCUUAUAUUUCCUUUAGUGAUCGAACUAAGGCUAUCCAAGUUGGUCUAGCUAUGAAGUAUCAGCUUGCGCAAACUUGCACUCUGGAUGUUUCUCUUGACUAGUUAAUUAUGUU